AUGGUGCCAAAGUGUAUCUUCUCCAUUUACGCCACCUUCUGCGCGCUUCUGUUACUCUCUUGGAACAUCGGAGAUGUGAAAGGUCAGCCACCAAAGAGAGGGCGCGUAAAUGACCUCAUAAAAUGGUUCGAACAUGGGGGCAGCGAAGACACACAACGAAGAGACUCGAAUGAAAAUAAAUCGUUCCAAAGUGGUUCACAAGGGUGGGAACAGCCCUUAAAUAGAGGACAAAACACUUCUAUCUAUGACGAACAGCAGCCAGGGACAUCAUACGGUCCCGUGCGUAGAAGCAGUGCCUCCCUUCCCACAGAGAAAAGGUCAUUCAGCGUAGACGACUAUUCGGAGGAUGACUCUGAUGAGGAUAAUGACUACGGGGGUAACCUCGGAAAUGACUACCCACGUGACUAUCGCAACGAUCAGCAGCAUCAGUAUGGAAGCUCUCACCAAAUGAGGCAAACAUACGACCAAGCAGAGGAAGAUGACAGAGACUCCAUAAAGCAUGGCAACCGAGAUGGUUACCCGGAUGAGGGACCUCCUCGAAGAGAGGAAGGUGGAAGAAUGACCCCAAACGGUAAUGUCUAUUUAGGCAAAGAUUUCGAACAUUUUAACAAAAGGUUAGGACUCAGCAUGGACGACUACAUGAGCGAUAAGGAGGACGAUUCGAUGGGUAGCUCAAAUAACAGUAGUGACCUUCGAAGUAACGAAUCGAACGCAUAUGAUGCGGACCAGUCCUCCAUUUAUGAAGACAUUCAAUUUGUUAAACGAAGAAACCAUAGACAGCCAAAUAAGCAUGUGCAACUUUCAAAGACGGAUGGAAGGAGGAAUGCUAUAUAUCGUAGCAGUGGCAGUGAUGAAGAAGCACCACACUCCAGUGAAAGUGAAAUAGUGAGGGAUCCGAGCAGCUACGUAUAUGACUAUGCGUAUGGAAGGAAUGGCCCCAAUAGGUCGGCACCUCUCAAUCUUUAUUCCUACCCAGAGGAGGACUUCAACCGACGAACAUCCCCUCCAGUAGGGAGCAAAAAAUCGAUGAGCAGUUCAAGUUCACCCCUACAAGAUGAUUAUAUCAAGCCUUUAGACAGUUACUCGGAUAGCCACGACUCCAUGAAUCACCUCUACGAUGUAAUCCCCGGAGAGGAGCAAUACGAGGAUGAAAUAAAUAGAAGAAGAACGAGGCCAAGGUACAAUUCGUUCGAUAACGCCGUACAUUUAGAUCGUAGUGAACUAUUGCCAGUCAGGGGGGUUAAAAAAUCCGCUUCGUCUUAUCAGCCAGAGGGAGGAAAAGGUAAAAUGGAUAAUUUUUUCAACAAAUUUAGGAAGAGCAAACGGGUGGACAUGCCUAAAGGAGUGUCCCCCGCAUCCCAGGGCGUUUCUAACUCAGCGCACACGCAGCGGGGCCCGAAAGAUGGCAGGCAAGGUUCGAAGUCACCGAGUGUACUCACCCUGUUCACCACCUACCAGAGGGACCUGUUUCUGCGCAAGUACAGCAAGGUUGGCGGUGGGAGCGGCGGCAUGGGCGGCAGCAAUGCCAGCAGUAGCAGAGGCGUAAAAAGGCUCUUUUCGAGAAGUGGGAAGGACGAUGGGCAGUCCAUAACGGGAGAGUUACAAACGGCCGCGGAGCAGUGUAUAGCCAAAAACAGGAGCAAGCUAAGCAGGCCCGUGCUCAUGAAGAACUUAGCCUUUAACGAUCCAAAACUGUUGAAGAAUUAUGAGUAUGCAGUUUCGUACAUUUCGGAUAACUGCAAAAAUGGCAACGCUGCCUGUUUGGACAUCAGGCCCAUGAUAUAUAGGGAGGACGAUCCGGACUUGGCCAGCAUAGUCACCUCCUUACCUAACAUCUACAUUUUGAGUACCUACGAAUUUCUGCUAACCAAUUUGAGGAUGUGUGGGUGGCUAAGAACGAUGGUAAAGAAUAGGGUGAAGGAGAAUAAGCUAACCCCGACGGACAUCGUGUUGCUGCUAUCUGGUGGGUACUUCAAAAGUUGGGUGAACAACACUUUGGUUAAACACUUGAUAGCUUUCCUUACGACGAAGAGGGUAAUCCACCUGGAGAAGUACUUCCUCGCGGUUUUGAUUUCCUUUGCCCCGUUUAUCAAGCCCGCGCUGAAAAUGUACUUUGGUGAGCGUUACGCCAAGUUAAGUGCGUACAGCCUAGACGUAGAGGUGAACAAAAUGGUGGGCGAAAUGUUGGGUGUGGCCCUCCGCUGGACGCAGGCGUUUCAGGAGAAGUUCUCAGACGAAAGCAAUAGGGUCCUCUUGCAAGUGCACAGAAGGUUAGCGGCUUAUUCUAAAAGCAGAAAUGGGGGGUUGACCGGGAAAUUCAGGACCUUGCAGGAGCUUCUGCUUAGGCAGAAGGUGGCCAGCGACGUGACGAGCAACCAGGACCAAGGCUAUCGCCUCCUAAUCCAGCACGUUUUGAAAUACGUGCAGAAUGUGCACCUCACAGUUUUGGAGUAG